AUGCAGGACCACUCCGAUUCGGACUAUCCACCCACAAAGAGACGCAAACUAGAAGACUCCGAUACUGCAGACACAGAUACCACAGAGCCCACUGCUAGCACAGCUACCAAUAGCAGCACAGCCACCGACAGCACAAGCACAGAAGCCACCGAACCCCCCACUGCACAAUCCAUCACUCGCACCCACCUCCUGCACCAAAUCGAGUCCAUCUUCCACUCCCUCACCACGACCCUCUCCUCUCCCACCGGCCCACAUCCACUCACCCUCCUCCUCGCCCCCCGGCCCCGCCAUCCCACCACCAGCAUCACCCCCACCACCACCACCGCAAUCUCCUUCCCCACCUCCGCCCACCGCUUCACCUCCAUCCUCAAGAUCCUCACCAUCAUCCACACCACCCUCACCACGCACCAGCCCCCCACCACAAAACGCGACAUCUUCUACCAGCACCCCACCCUCUUCCGCACCCAGGCCGCCGUCGACCGCAUCAUCGACGACCUGACCGCCACGUUCCGCGUCCCCCGCCACGCGCUCGGCAUCGUCGCCAGCGCCAAGGGCCUCGCCCACGGCGACUUCACCGCGAACGGCCGCACCUACAGUGCACCCGGCGGGGGCAUCAUCGUGCCGGGCGAGACGGGCGAGGUUGUCGUUGGCAGGGGCGUGGAGUAUGUGCUGAUUGUCGAGAAGGAUGCAGUGUUCCGUACGCUUUGUAGCGGGGACGCAUUGGGAGGGAAGGGGAUUAUAGUGACGGGGAAGGGGUAUCCGGAUGUUGCGACGCGGGAGCUAGUGAAGGAGUUGUCGGGGGCGUUGCCGGUGUUUGCGGUGGUGGAUAUGGACCCGUAUGGGAUUGAGAUCAUGGCCACGUAUAAGUUUGGUAGUAUUGCGCUGGCGCAUGAGAGCCAUAGGUUGGCGGUGGAGAGGGUUGAGUGGUUGGGGGUUAAGACUGGUGACCUUGAGGAGGUUAUUAGGAGUGCUGAGGGGGAGGUGGAGGGGGUUAUGGUGCUGACGGAGAGGGAUAGGAGGAAGGCGGUGAAGAUGCUGGGGAGGGAGUGGAUGGAGAGGGUGCCGGAGUGGAGGAGUGAGAUUCAGAAAAUGUUGGUGCUGAAUGUCAAAGUGGAGAUUGAAAUCCUGAGUAAUAGCAUACUGAAAGAGUGGAUCAACAAGAGGAUCUCUGAAAUGAUGAAUUGCUAA